AUGGACGACGGUGUGACGCACAGCCUGGCGGAGAGCAUUGAACCGUCUGCGGUGACGCUGCAGCGCGUCAGUGCCGCGCGCCUCCCCCCUCACUCCGCCAUCUCCCCUUCCCCCUUCCCUCGAUUGCAGGCACAGCGGGUAGACGAUGGUGUGGCGCGCAGCCUGGCGGAGGCGUUCGCGGCGACGCAGCAGCGCGCGCAGGAGGGGGGCGCGGCGGUGAAGGGCAGCGCGCUGGUGAUGAUGUACGCGCGGCAUGCGAGCGAGCUCAUGGUGGACGUUUUCAAGAAGGCGCGCAGCAAGGGGGGGGAGGGCGCCGCCGUGGAAGGCGGGGUUGAGGAGUUUGACAUCUCUGGUGGAAAGAGGGAGGCCUUGAACAAGGAAGCAGCGGAGAAGCUUCUUGCUCCAUUGCUCAAGCCCAACAAUGACUGCAAAAAGGUGAAGCUCACCAGCAAGGUGUUCACGCUGGAGGCUGCUGAGGUGGCGCUCCAGGCGCUGACCAAUGCGCGGGACACGCUGACUCAUGCUGACCUCAGCGACAUCAUCGCUAGCCUUCCCGAGGAGGAGGCACUGCAGGUGAUCACGAGGGUGACAUCGGCGCUUGAAGGCUGCAACCUCCACUCGCUCAAGCUCUCAGAAAACGUGUUUGGCGAGAAGGGAGCUGCUGCUGUUGCGCUCACCUCUCAGCCAUGGCUGCGCCAGCUCUACUUCUGCAACAAUGGCAUCUCCAAGGAGGCAGCGGUGGCCAUCAGGGAGCUACUGCCCACCCAGGUGGUGGCGUCCCUCGAGACUCUUCAUUUCUUCAACAACAUGUCGGGUGAGCUGCCUGCCUGCCUGCUGUCAUCAUUGGCCUCACCUCUUUGGGAGGUGGGGAGUUGGGAGGUGGGAAGUCAGGUGGUGUCAUUUUGGCGGACAUGGUGA